CCCCCCACACCCUCCCCUGGAAGGACUGCACUGUAGAGACCCAACAGGUUAUUAUGGCAAUGACUGGAGGCACCACAACAUCCUUUCCCAUGAGUAAUCACACAAGGGAGAGAGUGACUGUAGCCAAACUGACGCUGGAAAACUUCUACAGUAAUUUGAUUAUGCAGCACGAGGAGAGAGAAAUGAGACAAAAGCAAUUGGAAAAAGUAAUGGAUGAUGAAGGACUGCCUGAUGAGGAGAAACGAAUGCGAAGAACUCAGCAUGCCCGCAAAGAGACCGAAUUCCUCCGACUCAAGCGGACAAGAUUGGGGUUGGAUGAUUUUGAAUCUCUGAAGGUUAUAGGAAGAGGUGCUUUUGGAGAGGUUCGUCUCGUGCAAAAGAAAGACACUGGACACAUCUAUGCCAUGAAGAUUCUUAGGAAGGCAGACAUGUUAGAAAAGGAACAGAUAGCUCACAUUCGGGCUGAGCGAGAUAUCCUUGUGGAAGCGGAUGGAGCAUGGGUAGUCAAAAUGUUCUACAGUUUUCAAGACAAAAGAAACUUGUAUUUGAUUAUGGAGUUUCUUCCUGGAGGUGACAUGAUGACAUUACUUAUGAAGAAGGAUACCUUAUCUGAAGAAGAGACUCAGUUCUACAUUGCAGAGACUGUGUUGGCCAUAGAUUCCAUCCAUCAAAUGGGCUUCAUUCAUCGAGACAUUAAGCCAGAUAACCUCCUUUUAGACAGCAGGGGUCAUGUGAAGCUCUCUGAUUUUGGGCUGUGCACAGGAUUGAAGAAAGCUCACAGAACUGAAUUCUACAGGAACCUCACCCACAACCCACCCAGGGAUUUCACUUUUCAGAACAUGAAUUCCAAAAGAAAAGCAGAAACAUGGAAGAAAAACAGACGCCAGUUGGCUUACUCCACUGUCGGGACUCCAGAUUACAUUGCACCAGAGGUGUUCAUGCAGACUGGGUAUAACAAGCUCUGUGACUGGUGGUCCCUGGGAGUUAUUAUGUAUGAAAUGCUUAUAGGGUACCCUCCAUUUUGUUCGGAAACUCCUCAAGAAACCUAUCGGAAAGUGAUGAACUGGAAGGAGACAUUAAUUUUUCCUCCAGAGGUUCCAAUCUCCGAGAAGUCGAAGGAUCUGAUUCAAAGGUUUUGCUGUGAGGCAGAUAGCCGAACUGGAGCUAGCGGAGUUGAAGAGAUUAAAAGUCAUGCAUUCUUUGAAGGAGUGGACUGGGAACACACCAGAGAGAGACCAGCGGCAAUUCCAAUUGAAAUAAGAAGUAUAGAUGACACUUCCAAUUUUGAUGAAUUUCCUGAAUCUGACAUCUUACAGCCAGUACCAAAUGCAGUUGAAUCUGAUUACAAAGCAAAAGACUGGGUAUUCAUCAACUACACGUACAAGAGGUUCGAAGGACUAACAGCUCGUGGAACCAUCCCUUCUUACAUGAAAGCAGGGAAGUUGUGAAGACCAAUUAAAUUGCUAAUUAAACUUUUGAAGAUUUGUUAAUAUAAAUUGGUGUACAUUCAGGGUAUCCAUGUCAAUGAAAAUUCUACUGGAUUAGGAUUUCACAGUGUACUUUUUACUUAUUUGCUUUUAUUUAAGCUUGGUUGGCAGAGCCAGCUCAAUUGUGUUGCUUUCCUUCUUAAAUGAUGGUACUCACAUUAAACUGGCAUACAUGCAUUUGUUUCUGUACUGGAUAAUAUUAGUUGAAGAGUGUACUCACGUUCAAUACUGCAUACUGUACUAGAGUUCAGUUUAUAAGGUGCAUUCCACUUCAUCUAUGUUUGUGGGCCAAAUAACGAUGGUUUGUUUGCAAUCGAUUAUUUCUGAACUAAGGAAAGUUGAGUUCUGACACUGUACGAUGGAUGGCAUGAUGGAUAUAUCCAUUUACAGUGGAAGCCGGUUACAUUUUGUCCGACCUAAGAGGUUCUGAGAUUAAUCGAUUAGCUUCAGCCAUUCACAAGCGGCUCAGCCGUCAAUCAAUCCCGAUAUUCCCUCCCUUGUUCUGCUACGUUUCUCCGACCCCCUCACUGAUUGACAGCCCAACUCCAGCCCCUUGUGAAUGGCUGAAGUCCGGUGUCAAUUGCAAUUCAACCCCUCCUUAUCCCCAUCCCUCGUGGCUGAAUGGAGGUGUUCAACACCACAGAAGUCCCGAGUGGGUCGGUUCAGCAGCGACCAGGCGUGAUAUUUUGCCCGGAGUAACCGGAUUUUCGUCUGAAUUAGCAGACAUGUUUAAAAUGGGUAAUAGUACAAAUGAAUCAGGGCCAGGGGUUUUGUUUCAUUUGCCCAAUUUCCAUGUUUACCGGCGUCCGACAAAAGUGGUUUCCACUGUAUAUCCAAAUGUCUCUUAAGCUGCUGUUCUUUACAAUGGAUGUAAACCGUGGGUUAAGGUACUCCUGCGUAAUCCUUCUUCUCUCCCCGCUGUAGUUUAUUGAAGGCUCCUCUCCUAAAAUGAUUUAGUUCUUCACCCGUUGCUGCAUAGUAAUAAACAUUCUCACUAUUCUUCACCUCUUCACGAUGGCAGGCUCGCACCAGUCUACCUUGACACUAAAUUGCCUUGUGCCUGCAUCACAGAACUGCAUCUGUGUAUCAAGGAGCACACAACAAUCUCAUUGAGCAGUAAUUCUCUGAAUAAUAAAGGAACUAUACAUUUUAGAACUAAUUGUUCAGAACAAAUUAAAUAUAAAAUCACUGAAGUUGCGGUGUAAUCACGAUACACAUUGGAGUUUGCUGGUUUUGCCAAAAUAUAAACCACUGAGCAUUAUUUUGUAUCCUUGUAGAAGUCUCAGGUUGAAAUGGCCUUUAGAUUCAAUACCAUGUUAUUGGGUAUGACAUUGUGCCAUGUGCUUAUCACAGACUUUUUUUACUACCAAAGAUCCUGAAAAUACACUGAUGUUUGUUCGUAUGAAGUCUAUUUUCCGAGGACAAAUUGUUACUGUAAUCUGUUGGUUAAUUUUUAGGAAUUCUGUACCUAAAUGUUGUAAUUUUUUUUAAAAAGUAAAGUGUUCAUUAUUUUGGGUAUGCAAAAUGUGGUGAACA